AUGGCUUCUGCUGCUGGACACGCUUCGAAAUUCCAACGCUUCCUCAAUGCAGAGACUGGCCCCAAAACCGUGCAUUUCUGGGCCCCUGUGUUCAAAUGGAGUUUGGUUAUUGCUGGAUUGAACGAUAUUCAAAGACCCGUCGAGAAGUUGUCGGGUACACAGCAAUUGGCACUUUUCGCCACCGGUGCCAUCUGGACUCGCUGGGCUGGUUUUGCCAUCAAACCUAGAAACUACCUUUUGGCCUCGGUGAACUUUUUCCUCGGCGGAGUAGCCGGCUACCAGCUCACGAGAAUUGUGAGAUAUAGAAUAGCCGAGGGUGAUAACACCAGCCAGGUUUUCCACUAUAUUUUCAAUGGUGAGCCUGCUACUAAAACUGAGCCCGAGAAGGCCUAG